GGACAGCCAGCGCGACUUGCGUCGCCGUGCGCCGGUUGCUCUCCCGCCCGGGUGGUGGUCCCGGCCGCCGCCCGCCCCGCGCCAUGCGGCUCCUCGGCUGGUGGCAGGUUCUGCUGUGCGUGCUGGGGCCUCCCGCCGGCGGCCUGGAGGUUGCAGAGGAAAGCGGUCACUUGUGGUCAGAGGAGCAGUCAGCUCACCCUCUGCAGGUGGGGACUGUUUACAUGCGUGAGGAGGCGCCUUCACGUGGUCCUGUGGGCCGGGACACAUCUGUGGAAGAGGCUGAUUCAGUGCUGGCUCUGGACACUAAUGGUGACCCCAUGGUGAUGCUGUCAGUGAUUCCUGGAGAAACUGAGGAUAAGCUGAGCUCAGAGCCCAGUGGUGGCACCUGCGGGGCCGGAGGGGAGGAGGACUCGCGGUGCCACAUCCGAGAGAGCCUCUUAUCCCUGGACAGCGCCGGAGCUGUCUUCCCCGACAGAGAGGAGGAGUAUUACACGGAGCCGGAAGCGGCGGAGUCUGACCUGGCCCCGACAGAACAUGCCAAUAACACCGAAAGUCUGAAAUCCCCAAAGGUGACCUGUGAGGAGAGAAAUGUGACGGGUUUAGAAAAUUUCACUCUGAAAAUUUUGAAUAUGUCACAGGACCUUAUGGAUUUUCUAAACCCAAAUGGUAGUGACUGUACUCUCGUCCUGUUUUACACCCCUUGGUGCCGGUUUUCUGCCAAUUUGGCCCCUCAUUUUAACUCUCUGCCCCGGGCAUUUCCAACUCUUCACUUUUUGGCAUUGGAUGCAUCUCAGCACAGCAGCCUUUCUACCAGGUUUGGCACCGUAGCUGUUCCCAACAUCUUGUUAUUUCAAGGAGCUAAGCCAAUGGCUAGAUUUAAUCACACAGAGCGAACAUUGGAAAUGCUGAAAAUCUUCAUUUUUAACCAGACAGGUAUAGAAGCCAAGAAAAAUGUGGUGGUGACUCAAGCUGACCAAAUAGGCCCUCUUCCCAGCACUUUGAUAAAAAGUGUGGACUGGUUGCUUGUAUUUUCUUUAUUCUUUUUAAUUAGUUUUAUUAUGUAUGCUACCAUUCGAAAUGAGAGUAUUAGGUGGCUAAUUCCAGGACAAGAGCAAGAACAUGUGGAGUAGUGAUGGACUGAAAGAAGUUGGAAAGAGGAAUUUCAUUUCAGAAAUUAAUGCUGCAAUUUCAUACAUUUUCUCCAGUAAAGUGUUGUCUUCUUACAACUUCAGUUGGAUUAAAAGAAUCAUGCAUUUGUUG